AUGCCAAUCACUGUGUCAGUCCAAUUUUACUUAUUUUUCCAUAAGUACUCUCGUGAAUAUCAUAACAAUUCAUCUUUAGUUUCUCUAAUGUUCAAUGCCAACAGUCUUUACCGUUUGCUAAAAUUAUUUCAAGAUUAUUUUACUACUUUUCUUGUUCCAAACCGUUAUGUUUCACGUGCUGUGGUAUUUUCAAUAAUGUUACCACUACUUUGUAAAUACAUGAUCACCCUAUAUAUAUUUCGAUUAGUAUUUGAUGGUUUUUAUUUGUUACGAUUUUUAACAUUGUAUAUUUUGCAAACAUUGAUCCUUAUUUCUUCGGGAUCUGAUUUAAGAGCAAAAUAUCAGUCUAAUGUUGUUCAGCGCGUUCAUUUACGUUCAAAAAUCUGUAAUUGCAGCUUUAGUACGGCCAUUUUUGUAUUUGUAACAAUUUGUAACAUUAUAUCUUUAGCAAAGAUUGACCAAUAUCCGGUGGCAUUUGCUUUUAGAGCAAAAUAUAUCAGUUUAAAGUUUUUCAGCUUAGAAAUUUACUUCAUACUAUAUCAGAAUCGAAACAAAAAUUCCGGGCCUAAUAUUGUUCUCCGUAACAAGUUACAUCAUCAUAUUGAAAAUAUGCUAUUUCUAAACACGUCUUUAAAAAUGUUACAAAUAUAUUACUGCGGGAUUCAUUCCUGGGGUACUGUAUCCUACCUUUGCAAAGUCAACAGCGAUGCUUUCAUUUCGUACCCAUUGAAGGAGCUGACAAUCAUGCCUAAAACUCUUUUGAAACUGUCUUUAAGCCCCAAUUGGAAGCAAGCAUUGACUCCUCUGGACUUCGGAAAACUGAAGCUUGGUGUGAAAAGUUCAAGAAGAAUGUUGGGUACCGCCGCUCAAAAGACGUUCACCGACCGCCUCCUAAUUCCGGCCAUUCGACGUGUUCUGAUUUGUUCUCGUGCAAAUCGAUCUGAUGGAUCUUAUGGCGAAGCCAUUGGUACUGGAUUUCAUAUGACGGUGCCCAAAUUUUUGCUUGGUUCGGAGCUUAAGCUCUUAGUCAAGUCUAUGCGUGAUAUUGCAAAGGAGAGUGCGGAUUUGGCCCCAUAUCGUCAUUUUGUUUUUGUGGUUUCUUCUUUCGGGUUUAAAAGCCCAAUGUAUGGUCCGGAUUACACGUCCAUUCUUGAUACCAUGGUCGACUGGUCUCAACUUGACCCUCAAAGAUGCCUUGAAAAUGUCGAAGCUAUGGGAAAACGUUUUGGAGGUCGAUCCAUAAAGACCGAUUUUUAUGGAAUGUCUUUGGGUUCUUUUGGUGGCUUCUCGGGGAAAGGUCGUUCCGGUAGUUUUUUAACGCCUUCGAAAGUAAUGGUAUAUAAUGAUAUCAAGUAUCCGUUCACGAUGUCCAAUCCUGGUGUAAACGGAAAGGUGUCCGGCCCAUGGAUACCCGAGGAAAUGAGAAAUACGUUUCGUCAUCAAGAUGGUCAUCAUUUAAAGAACAUGAGAUGGUAUAAUGCCCGUGUUUCCGAAUACCAAGGCCACCAGUUUACUACUCGUUUGGAGAUUCGUCUCCCGGCGAUUUCAGCUACUACGGCUUACGUCGACGUCUUGGUCGCAAUGUUGAAGUCUUCUCUUGCUGAUGAAGCCUUCAUCCAUAUAGAUUCGGCAAUUUACCUUCAGUACGUUGGUCUCAUGGCAAAUCUUCUAAGUUACUUGGCAGAAAAAUGUCUUGGUUCCGUUUUGUUGCAGUCGUUCUCCGGGUUGUAUCUCUCCGCGUACAUGCUAAAUAACUUGAUGCAUUCUGAUCAAUCUUUAACCGACUCUUCAAAUUUCGUAUCAUCAAGCAGAUGUGAUAAAAACAGGUUGUGUUUUUUGCCUGGUGCGUUUGCUGUCGAUGGCGACAGAGUCAUGUUUGGGCACACAUUCGAUUCCACUAGUAUUCAACAGGCAUUUCCCGGUGCAGUGAUUUUUGAUUCCACCGAAGAAUACAUGUCGAGUCGAUUCCAGGAUGGUUAUGUAAGAGGUACUAACGUGCCGGAAGCUUUUUAUGAUUUGUUCAACAAUACCGAGACAGCCUUAGAAGGAUUACUUUCGACAAGGUCCAAUACUUUUCCUCUUGCUCCCGUCACUUGUCCUACUCUUCAGGCGUAUUCCGAAUUGAUCACUGACUCCGUGAUACCAAUAGAAAAAGCUUUUGAUCAUUGUCCUCUAUUUUGUCUAAUGCAGUACGGUUUCGGGACAAAGUUUGCCGCCUAUUUCUUGGAGCAAUUCGGGGCCAAAUAUAUAACUUUUUUGAAGGAUGGUGAUUGCUAUCUUGACGUACUUGGUUUCUCCAAUGUUCCAUCCAAGGCUUUUCUUUCCAAGGUUGAUGCUAAGCCAGUGGCUGAACCAAUGUGUAUUACAGAGCGAACGUAUUUUCUUCUCCCAUUGCCGCAUAGAGACAGCUGUACACCUGCGGACUUUAAGAAUGAACUGGCUGCGUACAUGGAUGGAUAA